AUGCCUCUGCCAUUGGCUGCUUCCAUUGUGGGCUUUGAGGAUGUCUCCAUCGCCGUCGUGCUAUUUCUGCCGUCAAGAAAUUUGUAUGUAUGUGAAAAUUUGCAAAUUAUGAUUAGAACUAGAGGGCGAAGGCCCAUAGCAUCCGCACGUAGGCAACGGGAAGUUGCCGCUGUUGCUGAGGAUGCUCCUCACGUGGAUGAUGCAGCUGAAGAGGUCUUCCAACAUCCUGAAGAAGCUGGUGUUGAUGCCCAGGGUUUUCCAAACAGGCCGCAUGAAACAUCAGUUCUGACUGCCUAUGUUGAUCAUGCUGCAAUCAUUGAACGUCCUGAAUUGAAACUAUCCUCCGAUGGAAGGAAGGUUCAGAAAUUCGGGAGGCCUGCUGCUGAGAUUGAAGGUACAACACACGUGCAUGUGGUGUUCUUGGAUGCCUUCCGAGACCUCAGUCAGAGUGGAAGCUACGCAUGGGGAGCUGCCGCCCAACUGCAUAUGUACGAUAAUUUGAAUGAUGCUUGUAAGAGCUACAACAGACAACUUGCUGGAUAUAUCACACUAUUGAAGUGUUGGAUUUAUGAGCAUUUUUCGUCUAUUGUUGAGGCUUUUACGGACUCAGAUUAUGAUGAAAGGUCACCAUGUGCCUACUGCUGGACAUCUAAGAAGGCAUUACCAACAUCGACAUAUUGGAAGCAUCUAGAUCGACUGACGACUGCUGAUAUUUGUGUUGUGCCUGAACAAUGUGCACUGUACUACAUGGACUGGUUCUACAUGGUUUUGCAUCCAUUCAUGAGGCCGACACAGCCCAGUGAUCCACCUAGACAUCCACCUGUUAUGCAAGAUGAGACAUAUGUGGAACCAGAUAUUCUUGAGUACCUAGUGACAGCAACAACUAUGGAAGAAGCACCUGCACAAGCACUUUCUGAUGUGGAGCAGCCUAGACAUGCAGUGGUGGCUUGCCAAGCAAUUGCACAAAGGUUGGAGCGAUUACUCAACCUAAGGAUAGUGACUAAAGGCACAUAA